AAAAUCAUUCCAAAUUAUAAUUAUGAUUGCUUGCCGAGUGGCAAGACUAAUGAUUAAUGAAUAAUAUCAUAAACUUCUUAUUGCUCUCAAUGCUCAACUAGGAAAAACACACAAGUUGUUACUUCAGUUGCCAGAAAAUGAGCUUUGCAGAGAAAAGAGGCACAGGGCUUGAACCUGAGCCUGUUAACCAAAGAAGAGAAAAUUUCCCUGCUACAAGCGAUGUCAGCAGAGAGGCCAACUUAUCAACAUGGGAAGUAAAAAGUAUUGUUGGAGGUGAAGGAGGUGGGGGUGGAGGCCUCCAGUCACCAUCUUCUCAACAGUUGAAAAGCCAUGAUAAUAGUAAAAAAUUACAAUCUAACACUCCUACACAACACCUGGUUCAUCCUACAAAUCCUGUAAACAGUGCUGUCAGGAGCUCCAUGUUGCCUGGAACAAUCUUGCAACCUUCCUACAGUGGCUGGAGUAGCAUGCCUCCCCAACCAUAUAAUCCAGCACUUGGCACCUAUGGAUACAAUACCCAACUUGGGAAUGAGUCCAUUCUGAACCAAAUGUACCAGGGAACAAGCAGUUCUUUGAACUUGGUGAGCCUUGGUCUACAGUCUGUGGGCAACUUCACUGGGAUCCUCAACCAGUUCUUUAUGACCAUCCAGAACACACUGUCAUCUCUCAUGAACCUCUCCAUGCAGAUGCACUUCAUUAAAAACCAGUUUGCCCACGCCAUGUCACUGUUUUCCCUCUACCGGGGAGUCAAGUGGCUGGUGCUGAGGCUGCUGAGAGCGCUGGGGCUGAGCAGCGAGAGCGACGUGGAACGCGCGUGGCGAGAGGCUCAGGCAUCCAUGCAGCCUACGGUGACAGGUGAGACGUGGCGGCCGUGGCGUAAGGUGCUGCUCACGACGCUCUUUGUCACCGUGCCAACGCUCAUCAUUUACAUCAUGGACGCGUUGAACUCGCCACCUCCUCGGAGAGACAACACCAACGAUCCACGCACCAGCAACGUGCCUCCCGGUGCUCAGCCUGCAGCUGCAGAUGGGCAGUGGUCAGCAACGCAGUCGGGACCUUUUUCUGGAUACGGUAACAGCUUUCCCUACUCUUCAUACAGCCUGGGUGCACCUCAUUCCGUCAACGGCUCAGCUUAUCCCUUCGGCGCCACCUCUUCGUACGGCUACAACCCGCCCUUCUCUGGCUCUUCUUAUGGAUAUAAUACAUCAGGCAAUCAAUUCAAUCAAAUAGGCACACCGAAUGCAUAUGGAGGCUAUGGAAAUGCAAUGAACUACGGCUCGUACGGCAACUAUGAUGGUGUGUACAAUCGAUACAAUUACAACGGAAGUGACACUUAUCCUUUCUCUUUGGGCUAUGGAGCUGGGCAAGUGACACGUCCCUCGGCGCCUCCUCUACUUCAUCAGCAAUUAGGCUCUAUGAAUUCAGGACUUCAGCAAUCGGUACCUUUCGUUUCAAAUGCCAACUUAACUUCGCAAGUUCUGAGUGAAGACCAGAGAAAGGAAGAAGCGUCUGGAGGGCUUGGAGGUGUCCAAGAAACCGUGCCUUAAGAAUAUAAUUUCCCUUUAGCUACAGCGCAGGAUCGCUUCUUACGCAUUAAUUUUAAUAACGCGUUGAAUAUCAACAUUUUAACUUGGAUUUUUGGUACUUAUACGCUGCGAACUUGGCAAGACAUUCCUAUUCCAUUCGUCAUUCGAAAAUGUGUACCCUCGCUCAAUAACUAUUAUUAGGGUACGUUAGUUUAUGCCAACAAAAACUAAUAGCUCGAUUUGCUUUUUCAUUAAUUGCCCUGAAAAGCACUAAGCUCUCUUCAUGUGAUACGGGCAAUUUCAAAUAUUUGUCAAUUCACUUGAGAACUGAUGGCCAACUAAGACGCAGCUGAAUUUUAAAGGGAAGAUCCGGUUAAGCAAUAUAGCGUCAGCUGGAUAGCAAAUUGAGACAAAGGCUCAGCUAAUUUAUUCUUAGACAAUCGUCAGCUUGUGUUUUGGGAUGGUUUCUGUGAUAUUUUACUUUGUUAUCGUAGUACCUGUUGUAAUAAUAAUAAUAUAUACCUGUG